GGCUGGCCCGUCGGGACAGCGCCCGAGGAAAAAUCCUCAUUUCCUUCCUGCUACUGCUUCAUUCCUCCUCACCUCUCUCUCUCUCUCUCUCUCUCUCUCUCCAACUGGACCAACAGACACGGAGCUGUGGCCAUUGCAGCAGAGGCCUUAAACAGUUUGGGACAUUGGAUUGUCUGAGAAACUUUAAAUGACCUCUUUGACAACUGCUGCAGUUCAGAAUGAAAAUUCACGCAUCCAUACAGGAAAAGGUGCCGUUGGGGCAAAGGCAGAUGUGCCCAAAUCUGAGCAGAAAGGUCAGAAGGUCCGAAAGGCAUUAGCAGACAUUUCAAAGGUUGGAAAUGCUUCACUACCCAGUGCAGCAAAGGUAUGUUCUGUAAAGGGGAAAUCUGCAGUAUGCGGCAAUGGGAAACCCGAGAGCAUCCCACAAAGCUACGGAUUGACUGAAGAGGAAAUAAAGAGAUGCAAUGAAUGGGCGAAGGAAGGGAGAGAGCAUGUGCAUUUUUCAGGAAACGAUGCCCAUGCCAUUGAGAAAGAUAUUGCAGAGGAACGUGUGAAGAAGAAAGUUGAUAAAGUAAUGUCUGCAUUGAGGGAAUGGACUCAAAUUUCCUAUGGUUUUGAAAGGCCAACGAAGGAUGUUGGAAAAGAAUCUGAGGAAUUUACAAAGCUGGAGCCAGAACCAGAAGUCCUUCCUCUCAUGAACACUUCACUCUCAAGUUCAGUUUCUGAUGUGCACCACCACGAGUUUUGGAUUUCCAUGCUGGCAUUAAGGAUGACAUGUAUCUGGUGGAGUAGGGAUUACAGCUUUCAUUUGCAGGACCCAGGAAAUGCAGAUCCACGGGACAAUCAUUCCGUGAAGUCCAGAAUUGAAAUUUAUCUUGAUGAAGGAAAAUGAUUUGAGGGCCCGUUUGGGCAGAGUGGGUGGAGCGACAUGUGCCGCCCAAAUCACCAUAGCAACGAUAUCUAUUGCCUGAUGACAAGAAAUGUCCUUUUUGGUUUCCAAACGAGAAAAGGCCUGCUAUCCAAACACGAGAAUUUGUCAAUUACCAAUGGAAAAGGCAGAACAAAAAACAGAGAAGUCCUGAUGAUUCAGCAGACUGCCCAAAUGGUUCCCAGGUAAACAAAAUGUAUCAUCAUAUGUCUAUGACGCCCUCAAAUGCAAAUGCACAAAAAAAAAAAGCAAUCGAAAUAAUGAUAUUAAGGCCUUUUAGAUUUAACACCCCCAAUUGCAAAUUGUCACCAUUUGUCUGAAAUAGGAUCUCUACUGAUUCACAAAUUAUUAUUAUUAUUAUUAUUUGAUGAGUCUGUGGAUCAUGAAAAGCUUACAACCAUAGUUCUAAGACUUGGUUUCUCUACUUGAAACUUGGCCGAGUCAACUCGAUUUGACAAGAUUUCAAGCCAAGUCAUCAGAAAAGUCAGUCCUGCAAUGGACUUGGUUCUGACUCAGUCGACUCAACACAGCUCGAUCCGAGUCACUUGUUUUGUGGGAGGGAUUAACAGGUUUUGAACCCAGAACCUAUAGGUAGAGAAGCAAGUGCAUGAAAUUAGCUUACAUUGAAUUGUUUCUUAUUUUAGUUUUUCUUUUUUUCUUUUU